AUGUCUAGCUCCGGCAAGGGAUUCACUUACACCGGUUCCGGUACCAACAGCCAGGGUAAUCAUUACUGUUCGCGUGAUUAUGGCACUGGCUCUGACUCCAAUGGUUCGGGCCGUGGUGAUGCCUACCAUUACUCUAACAGUGACGGAUCGUACUACUAUUCCAACUCCAACGGUAGCAGCUACUACAACAAUGGCAAGGGGGGAUCGACCUACACCCCUGCAGGAAAGAAGUGA